CAUACUUCAUUUAUUAUGUGUCCUAUAUAUACAACACCAGUUUUUUUGGUCUCGUCCUAGCUGUCACGGAGUCGUAAAAAAUAAAGGCAAUAUUUUGUGGCAGUGAAAGUGCACGUGUGUAACACUCUGCUCGCUAGGAUCCAGGGGAAACUGGCUUCUGCUGGACAGAAGAGUGAGUGUGUAUUUAAAAAGGGGAGGAAAAAAAAGCAUCAGGACAUACAAUGUGUGACAGUCACUGCCAUACACAGUGCUGGACUGGGGGAGGGAGCAGAGAGGGAGCAGAGAGCAUCUCGCGGGAAAACUGGAACCGAUGAGUCCGCCAGUGGGCCACUGAAGACUCUGCUCGCACCCGGAACGCUGCCUCGCAAGAGGCCUGACCGCCUCCCGCCGGACGAGGCGCCGGGCCAGCUGGAUUUUCCGGGGGUCGAAAGCCGCCGGCCCCCUUCGGCUCUCGGAGGGCACGGGCACCGCGAGGGCAGAGACCAUGCGCUCGGCCCAUCUGCACGGACACCGGCGCCUCCAAGAUCGACGCUCUGGCACGAGACUCCGCCAGCGAUCCCCAUUCGAGCGCUGCUGUUCGACCCAGUAACAACUGUGUUCCGGGUCUGUUCGACACGGGUUCCCGGAGUUCAGGGGGGAGGACACCCUUCCGGAGGUCUGCAGUCAUAAGCAGGCAGCAGUGGCGCUCCUUCGAGAAGUUCGCCGACGCUUUGAACGCCGUUCAAAGGCCGUUGAGGAUGUCGGAAGGGAUCGGAACAAAGACCGUCUUUUAAAUCCUGGUCAGAUGCUCCCAGGGAUGUCGUUUCAGGAUUAUUGGGGAAAAUGACGUGUACCAGCCUAAGAUAGAAAUCCACGGGGUUCCAAGCCAUGGAAAAGUCAAGCCCAAUGCUGAGCUCAACAGCCCACCGUACAGGACUGAAUGCCACGCCUGCUGUAGGGGUGCCCAAGCCCACAGCUCCCAGCAUGCAGCUGGGUAUACUCCCUAGUGCACAGUCCCAACUCAAAGACAUCGCGGGAAUAUCCUUCAUGGUGACCCUGAAUGCUGUAGCUCUCGUAGCCAACAUGGCAGUGAUGGUGGCCAUCAUAAAAGCCCCGCAUCUGCGGAAGUUUGCGUUCGUCUGCCACCUGUGUGUGGUGGACGUGCUGUGUGCUUUGCUGCUCAUGCCCCUAGGCAUUGUGACCAGCUCACCCUUCUUCAGCAAAGUGGUUUUCACCGUGCUGGAGUGCCAGGUCUACAUCUUCCUGAACGUGUUGCUCAUCUGUGCCUCCAUCCUCACCAUCUCUGCGAUCAGCAUCGAGAGGUACUACUACAUUGUGCAUCCCAUGAGGUACGAGGUGAAGAUGACGGUCAAGCUGGCAGUCGUCGUGAUGAUCUUCAUAUGGAUCAAGUCCAUUUUACUGGCACUCAUCACGCUGUUUGGCUGGCCAGCGUACGGGAACCAGAGCUCCAUCAGUGCAGCCCACUGUUCCUUGCACUGGAGCCACAGCAACCUGAGGAAGGUCUUCGCCGUCAUCUUCAGCGUGGUGUGCUUCCUGGUACCGUCCAUUGUGAUCUUCGCCGUCUACUGCAAUGUGUACAAGGUGGCUCGUAUGGCUGCUCUUCAGCACGUGCCCGUGCCGUCCUGGGCUACAAACCCCAAACGCCGCUCGGACUCCAUCAACAGCCAGACCACCAUCAUCACGAGCAGGACCCUUCCCCCGAGGCUGUCUCCAGAGCGCAUCUUUGGAGGGGGCAAGGCGGCCCUCACCCUGGUGCUCAUUGUGGGCCAGUUUCUGGUCUGCUGGCUGCCUUACUUCUCCUUCCACCUGCACCUGUCCCUCAGUGUGUCUUUCCAGACUCCUGGAGACCUUGAGGAAGCGGUCACCUGGCUGGCCUACUCCUCAUUUGCUGUCAACCCUUUCUUCUAUGGACUCCUCAAUCGACAAAUCCGUGAGGAGCUCUGCAAGCUGAAGAGGUGCUACGCCGCUCGACCUGUGGAGCUGGGUGCUUCCAGCCAAGAGGGCUCAGCCCACGAGAACUUCUUACAGUUCUUGCAAAGGACCAGCUGCACCGCAGAGACGCGUUCCAGCUGUGCCACCUCCAGCCCUAGGAACAUUCUGGACCAGGAUGUCAGAAUCCCUGGGCAGAUCCCAGAGGAGCUAAGCUAGAAACAUGCACCAUAUCUUCUGAACGGCAUCAUGAAGGAGAAAUCUCACAUUAUUCCCGUUUGAUGUAUUUUUGUUCAUAAACUGUGUUGCAGACUGAUAUCUGCAUAUGGAGAGUGCAAUAUCUGUAGGCAACUUAUUAAUAGUACAUGGAGGGUGAGUUUCUUAUGCGAGGCAGAAACAACCCAAGCAAUCUCCAAAACAGAGUUCCUCAACAAGCAUCUCAACCAUCUCCAUGUUAGUUUGCUGCCUUUAUUACAUUAAUUAAUCAACAUUAAUUUUCUAGGUGUACAAAUGUUCCCAUUUCACAGUGAUUUUAUCUUUACGUCUAUUGUAUUUACCAAACUUAAAGUUACCUGAUGUUGACUUCAAGGUUUACACUGAAAUACACCUCAAACUCUAAGCUGGGCACCAAGAAGAAGUUUUGUUAGUUUUUUAAAUUUUUUUUUACAUUUAUUCAUUUAUCUGACACUUUUCUCCGA